AUGGCUGCCGUCUCAGCCAUGGAGGAGCCUCAGAAACGUUCCAAGAGGUCUGUGGCCACGCCUCAAGCCCGUUCGGUGCCCUUCCUUCCAGAAGCUUUGCUGAUCGAUGUCUUUGACUGGUUCGGCAAGAAGAACCGUGCAGAAGGUGUUGCCCGCAGCUACGCACACUUAUUCUCAGUGGAUCGCACCUGGUACCGUUGUGCCGAGAGCGCCUUGUGGCGCUCCUUCGGGCAGGACUUCCAGCAAAUGGUGCACAGUAUCUCGCCAAGCUUGAGCUCUCUGCAGGCUGCACGAAGGCUGCAUGAGUGGCGGGAAGUGCCCACCAGCAUCGAUCUGGAACCAGCACUAGUAGCUGGCUUGGUGGCACAGAAGUUUGGUGCGGCUUGGGCAAGUUGCUUUAGCUUUCGAACAGCGAAGAAAGUGGUCAGGUGGAAGCGCGCGCCGGAGGCAGCGUACAAUGAGUCUGACGAUUCUGAGUAUGAUGCCAAGUGGGAAGACUUUUGCGAGAGCCCUGGCCCCAUUAUCACAAAAAGAUGCGAACUGACUGGUGGCUACGGCAAAUGUACCCAUGAAAUCUAUGCGGCGCUGUCACGCGAUGGAGAACUUGUUGAAGUCCAAGCUUUGAUGGAAUACGAUGUCGAAGAGAGAAAUGUUUGCGACUUUCACGAGGGCCAGUUUACCAUUCGAGCAAACAAGCGUGUCAACGGCAAGACGGCGGCCCGCACAUGCCUGUUCGAGUGGGAGGUGAGGGACAUGGAUGAUGUGCAGGAGCUGCACUUGAAUAGCCGUGAAGCUGUGGCCUUCACGACAUUCUUCAAGCGUGGGUCCACACAGGAGUGCAUAUUGGACUUGACGGCAAUGUUAAAAAGCAUUUUCCUGGGUGUUAAUGGACCCUGUGACUAUGCUCCUCCAUGGUCGAAUCACUUCAAGAGUAUCGCGGGAGAGCUUGAAGGUCAUGCAGAGGACGAAACUCGCUCAGAGAGCCAAGCUGAUGACAGUCGGGAGGCCGAAGACUCUACAGACAACGAUGACUAG